GCCAGUCAGGAAGCGUCAACGCUGUAUCGUGUCCUUGCUGUAGCCUACACUGAAGUAAAUACAGUGGAGUUUACGUAUUGAUACGCUCGUGUAGCCUAUAGGAUUCUUUGCUCAGUGAGCGUCGGUAGCUCGUGCACGGAACAUAUCUUAUUCCACAGUCAUCGUAGCUUCCUUUUGAACUUCAUCCUUGAAAUGGAGUGUCGUGUGUUAUCUGUUCAGAGUCAUGUUGUCAGGGGAUACGUCGGGAAUAAGUCGGCAACAUUCCCAUUGCAGGUGCUUGGAUUCGAAGUGGACUCCAUCAACUCAGUGCAAUUCUCCAAUCACACAGGUUAUGAUCAUUGGAAAGGGCAAGUGCUGACGGCAGAGGAGCUUAACGUUCUCUAUGCGGGUAUCAAACUCAACAACGUCAACCAUUAUGACUACAUCCUCACAGGGUACACCAGGGACACAUCUUUCUUAGAGACGGUGGUGGACAUUGUUCAGGAGCUGAAGAGGUUGAAUCCUAAACUGGUGUAUGUGUGUGAUCCAGUGAUGGGAGACCAAGGCUCUAUGUAUGUCCCUGAGAAUAUACUGCCUGUUUACAGAGACCAAGUCGUAGCAGUGGCUGACAUCCUCACACCCAACCAGUUUGAGGCAGAGCUGCUGACGGGGAGGAAGAUCAGCACAGAAAAAGACGCUCUUGAGGUGAUGGAGCUGCUCCACCAGAUGGGUCCUGAUACGGUGGUCCUCACCAGCACAGACCUGACCUCUCCUCGUGGGGACCAGUUCCUAGUGGCCCUCGGGAGCCAGAGAAUAGUUAGACCAGAUGGGACCAAGUCUACCCAGAAGAUUCGGAUUGAGAUGCCCAAGGUGGAUGCAGUGUUUGUGGGCACAGGGGACCUGUUUACUGCCAUGCUUCUGGCCUGGAGCCACCACCACCCCAAUGACCUGAAGGCUGCCUGUGAGAAGACUGUUUCUGUCCUGCACCAUGUUAUCAAGAGGACCAUUACCUAUGCCAACGAGAUGGCCGGCCUUGGUAAGAGACCCAGCCCUGCUCAGUUGGAGCUGAGGAUGGUCCAGAGCAAAAAAGACAUUGAGGACCCGGACAUCGUAGUGGAGGCCACCAUCUUAUAACACCCAACGCCUCAUAAAUAGACGUAUAGGACUUUUACAUCAUGAGAUGUCAUCUUGCCUUAUAGGAUCUCGUAGAGGGCACUGUCAGUCAGAGUAUUUGCCCUGUGCACCGCACACACAUAUACUUAGUCACUGCCAUGUGUCUUUACUAUGACCUGAGCAUUGUCACCCAUUGAAAACAUGGUAGAUGGUGUUAGAGCAGGGUUGUUUCACUUUUUCAGCUUGAGACCCAGUUGAGAAAUUGACCGUCCUCCCGUGACCCAAAUCACCCUCCAACGACCCAAAUUAAGAAUAGUGUGUGUGAUUAUAGAUGUGUCCUCAUAACUCACAACCCAGAACACACCUCUCACAUUCCCAGGGCCCACUUUGGGCCAUAGUUUCAGAAACCCUAUCUUUUUUUUUUUUUAGGGGGAUGUUCAGCUUUAAUAUUGCAGAUAGAUUGUAACUUCCAUCGAUG